GUUGGGGUACUUAAAGCAGGCAGAAGUCAUGAAGUUGGUGAUUUGUCUUAUCAUCGCCGCUGUGUGUGUGUCCGUGAUUGACGCACACCUCGUCGAUGACUUAACGCCGAAUUUAGCGAUCCCGAUCGCGAACCCGAUUCGAAUCCCUCCUCGAAAAUACAAUAAGUUCCAAUCUCGCAGACCAGGAGUAAGCCAGCAACAAUUUACGUCUCAGAUAGCAACGGGCCAAUGGCUGAGUUUGUACUCGGUGUUGAUCGGAACGCCAGGUGCGUUUGGUAAGGCCAAACACAUUUGGCGUGUCUCUGGAAACACAGUCAACCGUACGACUACAGUAAGCGAAACAACUUGUCAGAGGAGAAUCGUCAAUUUCACUCUGGGAUCGGACCGUUCUGGUGCAGUACUGCUGAGGGAAGUUAGUCCAGGUCAGAGGUUCGAAGCCUUCUACAGCCAGGAUCCCAGCAAGUACUUCUGGUGGUUAAUCUGCCUUACUCCAGGCCCUACAUCUGGCUCCUGCACCUCUGGCUUCUUCGACCUCGUGAUCAAAGACACGCGCACGAAUCUGACGGGAGACUUAAACCUCGUCGGCCUUCCCUGGGACAGGAUUGCCGCUGACCUGAGAGCGAUCCGUGGCCUCACCUUCGACAACCCCGCCGUCACCUACGUGUGGACCGGAACUGAAUGUCCGAAUCCAUAAGACGAGUAAAAGCUCGGCAAGCAGCAGGGAGAACAACUAGAAUCUUAUACCAACGAUAUCAUAAUUAAGAACUUGUUUUUGUAUCCAUUUCAUACUAACAAUAUUUUUGUUAAGCUAAUUUAUUGAACGACAUUUUCGAAAUGUUAUGAAAUUAGGAAUUCAUCAAAAUAAAGACCCUGCUUGCAAAGAAAACAUU